CGGCAAAAAAAAGUGGCGAAUUGGAUCUCUGAUUGUCUCCCGGAACAGGCCCAAAUCUGCCGUCGUUCUCUACACUGCCACUCGGCUAAACCUGGCACAGAAGAUACAUUCUGAGAAUCCACAGAGAGCAACUAUGAGAUAUUUUUAUACUAUAUUGAUUUCUUCCCUUUUUGUGCUAUGCUGUAUGCUUACUAGUAAAUCUGAGGUCAUUACGCUCACGGCCGAGACAUUCAAUGAUAAGAUAAGUGAGAAGCACACUGCUUGGUUUGUGAAAUUCUGUGUUCCUUGGUGUAAGCAUUGGCAUCUUUAUACAUCUGUAAAAAGGUUUAGUGUAAGCCUUAUCUUGUUUUUUCUUUUCUUUUUUAAAAGUAAAAACUUGGGAAAAUUGUGGGAAGAUUUAGGAAAGGCAAUAGAAGGAGAGGACUCGAUAGAGAUUGGAGAGGUUGAUUGUGGCACAACUAAAUCGAUUUGUCAAAAGGUUGAUAUCCAUUCUUAUCCAACAUUCAAGCUCUUUUACAAUGGAGAAGAGGCUGCUAAAUAUCAAGGGCCAAGGGAUGUGGAGUCCCUGAAAUUGUUUGCAUUAGAAGAAACAGAAAAGGCGGAAAGGAAGGCUGAAGGUGAUGAAGAUAAAGAGUUAUAAUUUGUUAUUCAAAUUUGCAUCAUUUGCUGGAAACGCGUAGAGCCGUAGACACAAAAACAUGGAAUGUGAAUUUUCCUGCCCGACAUCAAGAGUGGUAUUUAGAUUGGACAAUGGUUGUAAUCUAGUUUUUCCUUUUCUUUUCCUGGCCCUUUAUCCUGGAUAGUGGAUACCUAUCAUUACGCCUGCUCUUCUUGUGGACACAGUAGAAAUCACGUUUUAUCAAAUUAAACAUUUUUUUUCCAUUUCCAUUAGUAUUCCCGUAUCUCAAAUCUCAAUUAGUCCUAAAUUUGAACAUGGGAAGGUUUAGAUCAACAUGCAAAUAUGUUUAGCUAUGUAUGGUAAUAUGGUUGACAAAAUACACUUGAAUCUUGCUAGCC